CUUCUGUUCAGCAAUCAGGCCCUUUUCUCUCUCUCUCUCUCUCUUCCCAAAUCAAAUCCAAUUGUUUUGUUGAAUAGAAUACAUCAGUAGUUCACCUGCAACACUCUUCCCAUUAUUCAAAGCCGCGUUUUUCAAUUAUUACCACUCACAUACCCACGUCCGUAAGCUGCCCUCCAACCCACCCCUCUUCCUAACGCCCCCAAUAGCCCACCCCUUUCCCGUUAUACAAAUACCCCGUACUAUUCCUUGUUACUCUGACUUUUUUUCAGCUUCCUAUAUGUUCUUCGUCCUCUGAGUAGCUUUACGUGUUCCUUUGCGCGUGUCCCGUCCUCUUCUCCAACCUGCCUUGAAUUUGUCUAAAGUAUAAAACCCACAUACAUAUAAAAAGAUGAACAUGGAGGUCAAGCUAUGGAAUGACAAGCGUGAAAGGGAGAUGUAUGACAACUUUGCUGAGCUUUUUGCAAUUAUAAAGGCCACCGAGAAGCUUGAAAAAGCUUAUGUUCGUGACAUCAUAUCACCAAUCGAGUAUGAAACUGAAUGCCAAAAACUGAUUGCACAUUUUAAAACCCUGUCUUCAACAUUGAAAGAUACUGUGCCCAACAUUGAGCGAUUUCAUGACACAUAUAAAAUGGACUGCCCUGCUGCCCUUAAUCGGCUGGUUACCUCAGGAGUUCCUGCCACCAUCGAGCAUCGAGCUGCUGCUGCGAUGUCAGCCACUACCUCUGCUGCUAUAGUGGCAGAAUGCGUGCAAAACUUCAUUACUGCUAUGGACUCCCUGAAGCUAAAUAUGGUUGCUGUUGAUCAGGUACAUCCACUUCUUUCAGAUUUGUCUGCUUCCCUGAAUAAACUUUCAAUCCUGCCCCAUGAUUUUGAGGGCAAGACAAAGAUGAGAGAGUGGAUAGCCAGGCUGUCAAAGAUGGGAGCUGCAGAUGAGUUGACAGAGCAGCAGGCUCGACAACUUCACUUUGACCUGGAAUCGUCUUAUAAUUCAUUCAUGGCAGCAUUGCCUGCUGCUGGAACUUAGCUUAAGAUUUGUGAAUAUCGCAAGUAAAUGGGAACAACUGGCUUUUUGCUUACAAUUUCUGUUGGGAUUCAGCUUUGAAAUGGCCCUGUUUUUAGGUUGUAGAGUCUUGAAGCCAAGUGUCUCUCAGUUUGUAUUGGUUAAGAAGUGGAAGUAGUGGCGAGUUAGUUUGGAUAUGGUUCUCAUGGGGAUUUUGUUGUCGCUGGGCAGUCUAAAUGUUCAAGGAAGGUGGUAGAGAAAGAACAUUCAAUUUGGGACCUGUUUAACAUAUGGUAAAAACCACAGGUUGUGGGAGCUAUUCAUAUAAUGAUAUCUUGCACAUUCGUUGAGACUCUUUCGCUGCUUCCUUAAACAGGUCUUCGGUGUUAUUUUUGGGCGAAAGUAGAUGAUGGUAAUAUGAGCGAACGUCGUUCCUUUAGCUUGUAAACAGAUUUAAUGGCAUUCAGCAUUGAGCGAGACCUUCUGUCAACAGAUUGUUGCAUUUUGACAACUUAAAGUGUGGUUUUUUUUUUCCUUUCUUUCUUGAAACAAAAUAUAAUCAUGACAAAAUGUUUGUGCACGUAGCUCCCUCUGUAAUUUGGCAAGGGACAAUUUGUUAGCUUGCAAGUAACCACGAUACAAUUGUUGUGCUUUGCCUUGUAUGUAAUACAAUUAUUCAUGUGUUCGAAUUCAGUUUUUGGUUGUCUGUGGGAAUGAUUGAGACUCUUGCCGCA